AUGCCUGCCUGCCCAGCUGCGAAGCUAGGCAAGGCUAGGCAAGAUUAUGGACAAUUCCCGUGGUCACGUCUGCAACUGAGGUACUUCUGCUCGCCCUUCCCCUCAUCUACCAUCGUGAUCGAUUCCAUACCGGUACAUCCGCGUCUAUACCUCUCGUGCCUGCUUGCAUCACGCGCAGAUUUCGAUGGUUCUCACCGUCAUCCAAUUCCCCUGUCUUCAUGCAGCCAUGGCAGUCAACAGCCGAAACCCAACAUGCGCGACCCCUGUUCCCUGUCAUUGACCUCUACCGCUGGUUUGCGUUGGGCGAUCCGCUCUUCGCUUUGCCUGAUGAUCUGGCAGCCCUUCCCCGCGUCGGAGCCGGGCCGGAUGGGACAAGCAUCUUACUGA